UACUAGUUCUUUAUUUCGAAAAUUACGUGAUGGAAGGAUCAAAGACAAAAGGACGUAUUCUGUCCUCUUGUAUAAUCAACCGAAAGCGUUUGCAGUAAGCGUAUCAGUCUUUUGUUUUUUAAUCUCGGUUGUCUUCCUCAUAUUGACAAUUGUAAAUUUUGGAUGGAUGGUACUAGCUGCUCCAGUUAGUGAUCGACUACAGGAAAUGACGGCUGCUAUACAGCCUUCGUUUAGCCAAGGGCUCGUUGAUUUAUCAAAUCUGUUUGAUUUUGUUACGAAUAACGACGAAACAGAUUUUAAUUUAAAUGAAGACGAUAAUUCUACGUUAUUCAUACAAAACGCCAUCCAGUCAGCGUCAAAGUCUCUCAAUGAAACGGAGGCCAUUACCGAUCAUCACAUACAUAUGUAUGAGGUUAGUUUGCUUUCUCUGUCCUCUGAUAUUUCCGCUAAAGAAUCCCAACUCCGCAACGAUACCAAUGAGCUGGAGAUUUUGUCAACUGCAAUGACUAAAUGGCAAGCUGAAGCCGAAAAGCUCCAAAAGGAAGUGACAGAACUCGAUAACAGAGCACGUGAGUUGGAACAGAAAGCCCAUCACACUCAACAUAGGAUCGACAAGAGAGUAAGAAACAGGUGGAAGUGGAUAACUGCCUCGGUGCUUACCGUUGGUUUAGCAUCGCCUGGUCUUGUCAUUGGUGAAGUUGAAAGAAGAAUUUUUGAGAGAGACCGUGAUGCUGCGCGCAGUCAAGCGCAUGAAAAACUACAGUUGCUACGAAUAGCACAAAGCAAUCUUAAUGAUAUUGCAGCUCGCCAACAAACCACAAUGGAGUCUAUAAAUAAAACACAAACAAGUCUUGCAUCUGCUCAAACAAUGCUGGAACAAAUGCGACUGCAGUAUACGGUAUUGGGAAGUCUUGGUGUCCAAGAUUCGGAACGUUUCCACAUUCUUGUCACUGUUGAAUGGAGAAUUGGGUGUUGUGCAUGGCCAGCAACAACUUAUGAUGCUUUUUACCCCUUUAUUGGAAUCUAUUGAUAGUCUAGUAACUUUUCUGGAGAACAAUGCCAAUAUGGUAGUUUCAUUAGGUGACCAGGAAGCCUUGACGAAAAUCCGUCAAUACCUUUCUCAAAACAUAAUACCUCGAUUGGAAAUCGACAAAAAAUGUGGACUCAAUGGAGGAAAGUAACAACGAUACGAGUAUAGGACAAUUCUGAACUUGCUGUCGGCUUGAAAACUAAGCACUUUCAGCUUGAUCAGCAAUCUAACUCUGAACUGCAAGGAAAACUUCUAAAUGACUCUAAUGUGGAACUUGAACAACUUCAAGUAGAAACCGAGAGAUAUCUUGUGCCAGCCUUUAUUCUUAGAGGAUCAGCUCAUAAUAAAUGGGACUUCUAGCUCGACAGAUUAAUCGAAAUUAAGCAAUGCCUAAAUUAUAGGCGUUGCCUGCACCUGGCUUUACUACUAAUUUCACCAGUAGCAAUUUAUUGAUGUAAUACAUUUUAUACCUUUGAAA